AUGUCGCGGGAAUAUACGGAAAAACAAAUCGAAGCAAUUCGAAAAAUUCAGCGAUUUUGGCGUCGUUAUGUGGAUACGCAAGUGUUUUGUUUCUAUCGCGAUCUUAUUCAUUUUCAUAACGAAGGUGAUCCACAAAUUCUGAUGCGAACAAUCAAUCCGACCGAAUCGAAGUACAUCGAUUCAGCAGCGGGAAUUCGCAUACGUUUUCGUUUAGCCGGUGAUCGUUUCCCGCCAACGAUUUAUUAUAAGAUCUAUACAAACCGUCCGAUUCAAGAUCUCGGUGCCAAUGCUCCACGAGAUUAUACACGCCCGUAUUUAAAGCUUCCAUGUGCAGUUGAUUCAAAUAACAAACUAAACCGUUUUCCACAACAAGAUAAAGAUGGGUGGUAUCGACGCAUUGAGAAUAAUGGUUGGCGACCCGUGGCUUAUACGCAUUUGUUGCAAGUCAAUAUGGAUCAAUAUUAUAGUUCAAGUGAACAUCGGAAAACAAUUUCAUUUUCACCGUCGAAAAUGCAGCGACGACAAGAUGUGGAGCGGAAACGAAAAGAAAAGAAAUUAGAAUGGUUAAAAAAGAUGUAUAAAAUCGGUAUGAUUGAUGGUGAUAAUACUAAUGAAACAUCAGAUAAUGAAAUGUCUCGACUGAUUAACGACACAACCACUAGUAUACUGAGAAUAUAUAACGCAUACGGUGCAGAUGCUGUCCAAGAUUGGGAAGUUAAUGAAUUACUUGAAUGGACACACAAUCUCAACUAUGAUGAUUAUUUAAAUAAUUGGAGAACAAUUGGAACAAGUGCUUCAUCAAAUGUCUUGCAUGGUAUGUUUCAUUUGAGCGAAAUCCGUUUCUAUUCCAUGUUUUCUAUUCGUUUACUAGGCAAUUCGAAAUCAUAUCGACCAUAUCGUGAUAUCGAUGAUCGAACUAUCUCCACGUUAACCGAAUCGCGACAUGUUUCCGUUCAAGUCAAUGUUCCGACUGUUCACUCGGUUCGCGCUCUACCUACAGCGGAUAGCGAAGCAAGUUUCGAACGUACAACAACCACCGCCUACUCUCAACCAAUUAGUGAGCAUAUAGAAAUUCCUUUGAAAUAG